AUGGCUUCGGCGCAGACUGUCGAGCAGCCAGAGUGGCCGGCUCUGCGCGUGCGGAAUGCCUUUCUAGACUUUUUCAAGGAAAAUGGCCAUACCUUUGUGCCCUCCUCUUCCGUUGUACCCCUCUCAGACCCAACUCUACUAUUCACAAAUGCGGGAAUGAACCAGUACAAGUCCAUUUUCCUGGGCACUGUUGAUCCAAACUCGGAUUUUGCGACCCUGAGACGUGCGCAUAACUCGCAGAAGUGUAUACGUGCUGGUGGAAAACAUAAUGAUCUUGAUGAUGUUGGGAAGGACAGUUAUCACCAUACCUUCUUUGAGAUGCUGGGUAACUGGAGUUUUGGAGACUAUUUCAAGAAGGAAGCUAUCAGAUAUUCGUGGGAUCUUCUCACUAAAGUUUACGGCCUUAACCCUGCCCGGUUAUACGUGACCUACUUCGAGGGAAAUCCCGAUGCGGGCAUCGGCCCUGAUUUGGAGGCUAAAGAAUUAUGGUUGUCCGUGGGCGUUGCAGAGGAUCACCUCCUCUCUGGGAAUAUGAAGGAUAAUUUUUGGGAGAUGGGAGAGCAAGGGCCAUGCGGUCCCUGCAGCGAAAUCCAUUACGAUCGAAUCGGAGGCCGCAAUGCUUCCCAUCUCGUGAACCAGGAUGACCCGAAUGUGCUGGAAAUCUGGAAUAACGUCUUCAUCCAAUACAAUCGCGAGCCUGACAAAUCCCUGCGCCCCUUACCUAACAAACACGUCGACACCGGGAUGGGUUAUGAGCGCCUCGUUUCAAUCCUCCAAAACAAAUCGUCAAACUAUGACACAGAUGUCUUUACCCCGCUUUUCGGAAAGAUCAGUGAGAUUACGGGUUGCCGUCCAUAUACCGGGAAAUUCCAUGAUGAAGACACCGAUGGAAUUGAUACUGCAUACCGCGUUGUUGCUGACCAUGUUAGAACUCUCACGUUUGCUAUUUCCGAUGGCGCUUCUCCAAAUAAUGAAGGUCGGGGCUAUGUAGUUCGACGAGUUCUCCGGAGAGGUGCUCGAUAUGCGCGCAAAUAUUUAAAUGUUGAAAUUGGCGGAUUCUUUUCGAAAAUUGUCCCUACCCUGGUCGAUCAGAUGGGCGAUAUGUUCCCUGAAAUCAGACGGAAACAGACAGAUGUAAUGGAAAUUUUGGAUGAGGAGGAAAUCUCCUUCGCCAAGACACUCGACCGUGGGGAACGCCUCUUUGAGGAAUAUGCCCUGCAGGCUAAGCAAAAGGGGUUUGGUAAACUACACGGGGCAGAUGUAUGGCGGCUUUACGAUACUUUUGGUUUCCCUGUGGAUUUGACGCGGCUGAUGGCUGAGGAGCGAGGUCUAACUAUUGAUAAUGCUGAAUUCGAAGAAGCUCGGUUAAAAGCAAAGGAGGCAAGCAAGGGCCAAGGGAAACGAACUGCAGAUGUAGUGAAGUUGACUGUUCAUGAUCUUGGCCUCCUCGAGACCAUGGAAGAUGUCCCCAAAACGAAUGAGGAUGCGAAGUUUGGGAGGGGCAACAUCACAUCGCAAAUUAAGGCGAUAUAUUAUAACAAGAAUUUUGUCGAUUCAACCAAACAUAUCCCACAGGGAGAGCAAUUUGGUAUUAUCCUCGACCGCACCAACUUCUACGCAGAGCAAGGAGGUCAGGAGAAUGAUACUGGAAAGAUCAUUAUCGAUGGCAAGGCGGAGCUUGCUGUGGAAGAUGUCCAGGUUCUCGGCGAUGGUAUCGAGCACAAUGGCUCCCUUGUCGCUGCUGAGAAGCUACGCUUUGACUUCUCUCACAAGUCUGCUGUCUCAGACUCUGACCUUGAAAAAAUCGAACGGAUAUCCACCGACUAUAUCCGUCAAAACUGCGCAGUGUAUGCCAAGGACGUUCCUCUCGCCACCGCCCGGGGAAUAUCUGGCGUCCGCGCCGUCUUCGGCGAAACCUAUCCAGACCCCGUCCGCGUCGUCUCCGUCGGUGUCGAACUCGAAGAGAUCCUCCAAAAUGUCCAUGAUCCACGCUGGAAGGACAUCAGUAUCGAAUUCUGCGGCGGCACCCAUGUCCAGAAGACGGGCGAUAUCAAAGAUCUUGUCAUCCUUGAAGAGAGCGGGAUUGCGAAGGGAAUCCGACGCAUAAUUGCCGUUACAGGUGAAGAGGCACACGAGGUCCAACGCAUCGCGAAAGAAUUUGGUGAGCGCCUACGGCGCUUUGAAAAAAUGGAGCUUGGCCCACAAAAGGAGAUUGAGGCCAAGUUGCUGCAGGUAGAUCUAAAUCAGCUAUCGAUAUCUGCGGUUGAAAAAGCGCGGUUCCGGGAGCAGUUUGCGCAGAUCCACAAGAAGGUGCUUGAGGGCCAGAAGGCGGCGCAAAAGCUGGAGUCGAAAAAAGCGCUUGAUGCCAUCACAGGAUAUUUCGAGGCACCUGAGAAUAAAGUUGCGCCGCAUCUUGUGAUGCAAUUGCCAAUCUCGGCGAAUCCCAAAGCUUUGAGCGAUUCUUUGAAUUUCGUCAAGACCAAGAUGCAAGACAAAUCUGUUUAUGUGUUUGCGGCGGAUAAGGAGGCAGGCAAGGUUGUGCAUGGCUGCCAUGUUGCUCAGGCUUUAAGUGAGCAAGGAGCAACGCCUAAUGACUGGGCUAAUACUGUGUCGAGCAUUGUUGGUGGGCGUGCGGGAGGUAAAGCGCCCAUCUCCAUUGGAAAUGGAACGGAGGCCGAAAAGCUAGAUGAAGCUAUUAAGGCUGCGACGGAGUAUUUGGAGAAAUUUCUUUGA